AUGACGUUGAAGGAGGAGUUCGCGACGCGCAACUUCAGUAUUUACGGGCAAUGGCUCGGUAUCCUAAGCAUGAUCCUCUGCUUCGCUCUCGGCAUCGCGAACCUUUUCACUUUCCGCGUGCUGAUCAUCAUCCUCAGCGCGGUAUGCCUGGCAUCCUCCUUCGUGAUCCUCUUCAUCGAAGUGCCCCUGCUGCUGCGCAUCUGCCCGACGUCGUCCAAGUUCGACGACGCCAUCCGCAAGAUCACCACCAACUACAUGCGCGCCGCCGCCUAUGCCGUCAUGGCCGUCGUGCAGUGGCUGACCCUCCUCUCCGCCGCCACCUCGCUCCUCGCCGCCGCCGUCUUCCUCUCCUUCACCUGCAUCUGCUACCUGCUCGCCGGGCAUCAAGGGCCAGGCCUUUGUCGGCAGCAAGACCCUGGGCGGCGCCGGCGUCGCGCAGAUGAUUGUAUGAGCGGGCGGGCAAGGCUGCCUUGGGCUUGA